AUGAAGUUCAAUACACCGCUACCACAGCCGCUACCCAAGGAAUGCCUCAAAGCAGCCAAAAUAUUCAAGUCCUUCGUUGACAAUGGAAACAAUGGACUUGACGGUGUGAUCCCAAGACAAGUCCUCGAGCAUGCAAAGGGCUUUGCUAUCUUUACCAUUGUCAAAGCCGGUUUCUUGUUCUCAGCCCGGGCAGGGAGUGGAAUCGUCAUAGCUAGACUCGACGAUGGAUCUUGGUCCGCUCCAAGCGCAAUUGGCUCUGCGGGACUUGGUGUGGGUGGUCAGGCAGGAGCGGAAAUGACAGACUUCCUAGUCGUGCUGAACUCUCGCUCGCGAUCAUUCAUGUCUGCAGGCUCUUUAACACUUGGAGGGAACAUGAGUAUUGCACUCGGUCCACUGGGUCGCAACGGAGAAGCUCUUGGAUCACUCAACACGUCUGGGAAAGUGGCAGCAAUGUACAGCUAUAGCAAAACACGGGGUCUUUUCGGUGGAGUAUCGGUUGAAGGCUCUGUCAUCAUUGAACGCCAGGAUGCGAAUGCCCUUGCAUACCGUUCCGAUGUGACCGCCAAACAAUUGCUAUCUGGUGCUAUUGAUCCACCGGACUGGGCACAGCCUCUUAUAAAAACACUUGAAGCGUGUGUCGGCAUGCCUGGUGGACACAAGUGGGUAGAUGAUUCUUUCGAGUCGAACACCAGUGAAUCCGGUUAUGCCUUCGGUGGAGGUGUUGCAAGUCCCGGGAGCGAAGUACCUCCGAGCCUUCGGAAAAAGAAGAGUUCAACUAAUUCUUCUUUUCCACCGACUCACUGGGGUAGACGGAAAAGUGGAGGGUCUUUUUUCCAUGCAAAUGACAAGGAGGGAUUUGAUGAUGAUUUUAGAGCCUCAACGCCGUCCAAGACGGAGGAAACGGCAUACGGACCGCGAUCUCCAGCGGUUGCCAACCAUGCCGAAGACCAACCUGCAACGGCUUCCUUUGCAACCAAAUUUGAGUCUGAUUACGAUACUGCAGAUUCAACAGUAAAAGACACGUCGUUCUCCCGCCCAUCGCAUCGGCCUGUGCAGAGUCUCGGGUCCUACUCUGGCCACGCAUCCACCUUUAAACCUGGAUCUCCCUUCAAUGAUCUUCCACCAUUCCCAAAUAUGAACGGCAACGAUAUGAAUGUGGACAGACCUCAGUUGACGCCGAAACGAGCAUUACUAGCUCCAAUGAGUCCACAUGAAGGUGUUGGGCGUGCAAUAGCGCUAUUUGAUUUUACGGCUAUUGAGCCUGGAGAUUUGGGCUUUAGAAAGGGACAAGUAAUAACUAUCACGAAGAAAACUGAUAAGACAGAUGAUUGGUGGACCGGUAAAUUGGAUGAAAAGGAGGGUAUUUUCCCGGCGAACUUCGUUGAGGUUGUUUAA